CGCCUCGCCUCGCCUCGCCUCGUGCCACCCCGCCGACGACGUGUGCCGUGUGCGUUAUUGUUGUUGUUGCCGGCCUGUUGCUAUGGUGCUCGCGUCGCGCCCGCCUCCGCCCCCGCGCCGACCGCUGGACGUGCUCUGACGUGUAAUCAGUGAGUGACACCCAGCGUGCUCGCCGCCGGUGGACCUGUUAUCAGUCGACGUGUGGCCUCAUCCGAAGUGGACGCCGCGGUGCCGCCUGCUCCCCGACCAUGGAUCGUUUCCACAAGGCUGCGCGGGACGGGAACCUGGACAUCCUGAAGGAGGCGACGGAGCGGCAAUGCAACGCGCGCGACGAGGACGGCAUGACGCCCACGCUGUGGGCGGCCUUCGAGGGCAACCUGGACGCCCUGCGCCUGCUGGUGGGCCGCGGAGGAAAAGUUGAUAAGGCAGACAAUUUUGGAAAUACAGCUUUACAUUUUGCAGCAGCUCGAGGUCACAUGCAUUGUGUCACAUUCCUGGCCAAUUUUGGUGCAAAUUUAUGGGCAAUGGACAUUGAUUUUCAUACACCAAAAGAGCUGGCAGCAAUGAAUAACAGAGACGAAAUUUUGCGCUUCUUAGAUGGUAUUGCAGCAAAGGAAGAAGCAACUAACUGGAAAGAAGCUCAGAAAAAGCAACAGAAAGCUCAAAAGAAUGCAGAAAAAUUAUCAAAGGAAUAUGAAAAAAUGCAAGAAGAAACCAAAAGAAUGGCUGAACAAGAGCAGAAACGUUUGCAGAAAGAAAGAGAAAAAAUGGAGAAAAUGGGAAACGCUCCUGUAAAUGUAAUGCCGCACAGGCCAUCCACUGUAUUAACAGUAUUAAAGAAUAUGGGGAAAAAUCCUACUAAAGGAACUAUAGUAGCAAGAAGCAGCACUACAGGAAAUGUCAAUCCAUCAUUUUCUGACAUAGUAGGUCCUACAGCACCCCCAACUGGAAAAUACAACAAAAACAAAGGCACAAGUGGUGUUAAAAAGAAGGUGGAAGUCAAAAAGAAGCUUCAAGGAACUGUCAACAGUCAAACAAAUGGAGAUGAUUUUAAAGUUGGUGAGGUUGAAGCUGAUGGAAAAAGGUCAGUACGAAGUUUGAAUGGACUCAGAAGAGACUCGCAGGUUAUUUUCACAGGCUCUUUUGACACACAAGGAGGCAAAGAAAGAGGGAAAAUAACAGAUGUUUUUGACACACAAGGAGAACUAAAACAUGCAAUUUCUGAGCCGGAAUUUAUGCACAACUCGGACAGUGGAUUUGGAGAUGAAAUUCUCCUUCAGGAGCCAGCAAGUAUAUUUGACAGGCCAGGUUUUGGGAGUGUUGCUUUCAGAACAAGUAUAAGUGCCACACUCAAUGCACUACCACAUAUGGAUCCUGAAGACAAAGAUAGUGCAGUAGCCAGUGAACGAUCAGAUGCAAGAGUUGGUGGGGUUGGGAGUGGUACAGAAGAUUGCAGUAUUGGAAGUGCAGGAAGCCUGGCACACAGAAAUAAUAAUCUUCCUUGGGACGAUGAUGAUGUGGGAAGUGAUGAUGAACCUGAAGGAUUGGGUACUGAGUGGGCUACUCUCCAGACAUUCCUAGCUUCUGCAGGUCUUUUAGAGUAUCUUGGUGUAUUUGUCAAAGAAGAAAUAGAUCUAGAUGCUCUAAUGCUCAUGAAAGAAAAUGACUUCCAAGUACUUGGCCUGAAAAUGGGCCCAAUGAAGAAAUUAAUGAGCGCUAUUGAAAGGAGAAAAACAGCCAUGGAUGACCCUGGAGAAUUUGCAGAUAGCAAGUUGUAAUAGUUGCUGUGGAACUGGCAUCACAAUAACCAUACUUGCCUUUUUUAAUAGUGUUCUUGAAAAGUCUAAGAAAAACAUUGAUUAGUGUGUGUAGAAAAGUGCAAUUAUACAAGAAAUGAAAAAUCCUUUUCCAACCAGUUGAUAAAUAGAUAAUUUUGGUGUGCAAUGUCCCCAAAGACAAUGAAGUAUUUGGCUGAAUGUGCUCAGGUUCAUUUGAUUAUGAAAUUUCAUUAUUUUUGACAUUUCCUGUAAAUUUUUUUUUGGUUCACUUAAUCAAGCUAUGUAUGUUUUUUAAAACUUGAUCAAUGAAAUGCUCAAAUCCAGCAAUCCACAGGACAACUUGAAAAUUUAUGUUAUUUCUUUUAUGGAAUUUUUUAAAAAUCUUAUACUGUGCAUUUACAAUAUCAUUUAGAGGUGCAAUGAUAAUCUAGCCAGAUAGCAACUUUUUUGGAGUUCAAUAUUGUUUUAAAACUAUAUAUGAGAAAUAUCUGAAUGACACAUUUUACAAAUAAUUGUAUAUAGGUACAUUCUUUCAACGUAGUUAUAAAUAGGUCAGUAGUUGCCUUUUGUAUUACAGACUGCAACUUCAUGACAUCUUUAAGUAUUAUCAUUCAUUGCAAUGUCUAUGAUAAUUCCAGGGUUCCAAUACUUUUACAUGCUGUACCAUGUGUAUAUUGGUGCUUUUAAUUAUAUCUUACCUCUAGCCAAGUUUGUGGCUUCCAUUAUAUUUACACGACAUCUUAAGAGAUACUUCUUGAUCUCCAAACAAAGCACCUAUCAGUGAAUGUAAAACCAAAGAUGGAUUUAUGUUUAUAGUAGAGGUAGAAAUAAAAUAUUUUUAAACAAA